AUGUGGAACGAUGAGGACAAUAACCCCUACGGGACCAGCUUUGAGCGCCGUGAUUCAACAGCCUCCUCAACAGCGAACCCAAGUUCUCCGGGAUCUCAUCUUACAGAAGCUGACGACGGCUGGGGACCCCUAGAUAAUGAUUUCAACGGCCCCCGCACCCCCUCCACCGACAGCAAUCAUCAAGACCUAGAAAACGAACCUCAUAUCCCAGGGUACGGAGACGACCAUGGAGACGACGCUGGUAGCGAUGAAGAGUAUGGGGUAGCAACUGAAAGACAGGGACCGAAGCCGAAGAAGGGGGGUUAUGAUAGUCGCAUCGAACAGAUACUCUACGAGAACCCGCAGCUUCCAAUACUGAUUGUCGACGCGGGUAAGAGCAAUGAGAGUGGUGGAAAGUAUAUUGUGUAUACAAUUAGGACUGGGGAUCUUGAAGUUCGAAGACGGUAUUCUGAAUUCGCAACUCUCCGAGACGCCCUGGCAAGAUUACACCCUACCCUAAUUAUCCCUCCAAUUCCCGAGAAACAUACAAUGGCAGAUUAUGCUGCAAAUCCAACAAAAGCAAAACAGGACCAACAAAUAAUUGAUCUGCGGAAACGGAUGUUGGCAGUAUUUCUGAAUAGAUGUCGGCAGAUGGAUGAUGUUCGGAAUGAUGGGGUUUGGUGGAGGUUUCUGGAUCCAAACUCAAGCUGGAAUGAAGUACUGCACUCUCAUCCCAUCGCAAACAUUCCAAAGUCAACUAUGAAAGCUCCACCACUGGACCCCGCAAAUCCAACACCUGCACAUGCUCAUCUUCCAGUUCCCGCUACUUCCGCGAAACUUAAGGGAACCUCAUCAUCAAGUACAAAUCCUCAGGGCAUGUCGAAUCAACCUUCAGAAUAUCAAUCAAGUCCGUCUGUUGCCGCCCAUAGUACCCCAGGAAUACAAGUAUUUGGUAAAUUUCCACCGGAUUCACAAAAUCUGAGCGAGCAAGACCUUGAUCCUUAUUUCAUAAACUUUGAAGCGUCAACGAAAGAGCUUGAAUUGCUUCUUACAGGACCGAUCGAAAAGGUUAAUCGGCGUACAUUGACGCAUCUUUCAACAUUGUCUUCGGAUUUAGCAGAGCUUGGCGCUAGAUUCAAUGGAUUCUCAUUGUCGGAAUCUUCACCAUCUCUUGCAGCCGCAAUUGAGCGCGUGGGGCAAGCUGUUGACUCUUCAUAUCUUGCUACCGAGGAGCUUUCUGGAUCACUAGGUGCAAGCUUUGCUGAACCCAUGCGAGAAAGUGCUCAGUUUGCGGGGGUAGUACGAGGAGUUCUCCGAUACAGAGUACUAAAACGGGUGCAGCAAGAAAUGACAAAUGAUGAACUGGCUAAAAAGAGAGCAUUACUUGAGUCGUUGGAAAGAAGCGAAACCGAAGCAAAAAGGAUCGAAACAUAUCUUAGUAGCAGUGGGACAGGAAAUUUGCCUCGAAGGUCAAAUUCGUCAGCUAGAGACUCGCCACACUCUCCUAGACGCGAGAAUCACCAAGAUGAUACCGCGUCUAUCGAUUCCGAUUUCCCUCCAACACAUGGAGAUUCAUCAAACACCCCAUCUGCAGCUCAAGGUAGUCCUGAGGAACAGCCUCCACCAGUUCACCGUAAAAGCUCGAGCGGUAACUUUAUCACAAAUAGAAUAUUUGGACGUAUCAGUCAUGCGGUCCAUGGAGUUGUGGACGUCGAUCCAGAGAGAACUCGCAGAGACACAAUUGGGAAGACGAGGGAGUCAAUUGGACACCUGGAACAAGCACAGCGGGCUUCUGCGCAGGACGUAAGAGAUGCAAGUGCCGGUAUUUUGAAGGAUUUGAAGAGAUUCCAGGCCGAAAAGGAGGAUGAUUUGAAGCGUUAUAUGCUCGCGUAUGCACGAAGUCAGAUCGAGUGGGCCAAAAAGAAUAAAGAAACGUGGGAGGAAGCGAAAUCCGAAAUUAACAAGAUAGAUCAGAAUUAA